GCGGAGGCGGCGGCCAUCUUGGCGGCGGAGCGAUGAACGGGUCGAACCCGAAGACUGCGACCGCAGGAUCGGCGGCCGGGGCCGGGGGGCUGGUGGCUGGCAAGGAGGAUAAGAAGAAGACGGGCGGCGGCGUCCUGAACCGGCUUAAGGCGCGACGGCCGGCGCCCCACCACGCGGCCGACGACGGCAGCGGGCCCGCGGUCACGGAGCAGGAGCUGCUGGCGCUGGACGCCAUCCGGCCCGAGCACGUUCUGCGCCUCGGCCGGGUCACCGAGAAUUAUUUAUGUAAACCCGAAGACAAUGUCUACAGUAUUGAUUUUACUCGCUUCAAGAUUCGAGAUUUGGAGACAGGGACAGUGCUUUUUGAGAUUGCCAAACCUUGUAUUUCAGACCAGGAGGAGGACGAGGAGGAGGGUGCAGAGGUGGAUAUCAGUGCAGGACGUUUCGUCCGCUAUCAGUUCACACCAGCAUUUCUCCGCCUUCGGACAGUUGGCGCCACGGUGGAGUUCACAGUGGGAGACAAACCUGUGUCAAAUUUCCGGAUGAUUGAGCGGCACUAUUUCCGGGAACGCUUGCUGAAAAACUUUGACUUUGACUUCGGUUUCUGUAUCCCCAGCAGUAGGAACACUUGUGAACAUAUCUAUGAAUUUCCCCAGCUGUCUGAGGAUGUCAUUCGCCUGAUGAUUGAAAAUCCUUAUGAGACCCGUUCUGACAGCUUCUACUUUGUUGACAACAAGCUGAUUAUGCACAACAAGGCUGAUUAUGCCUAUAAUGGAGGCCAGUAACUGCUGAGGGAGUAGACAAGGGUCGCACUUUACUGUGGCCGUGUGGUCCUAGCACAAGAAGGGAAUUGCAGCUACUGUUUGUCAGUACCCAUUGGAGUCUGGUUCAGGAAGCUAUAGCCAGCGUGGCAGUUUUCUGUGCUCCAAGAAAGUGCCAAGCAGCACUGUUUAUUCCCCAGGAUUUCUCUUCUCUUUUCCCCAAACUCCUUAGAUCACAGAGGUAUUAUAGUGAAGGAUUAGGAUAAGGCCCCUGGAACCCGGGUAAGAAGAGAAAAGUUGUGUUUCCAUGUAGUUCUAGUUGUCUGCUGGUUAUCCUGACAAGCUGUCUCCAGACAUGGCUGCCUGAGAAGGCUCUGGCUGGCCCCUCUUCUGUGUACUUCUCCACUUGCUUCCGGCAUUGGCACCAUUGUGGCCUGCCCUCAGCCUGCAUAUAGUCUUAGACCAACUGGGAGAAACUUGAAAGCAGCUGGAGAGAAGGUGGUGCAAGAGCUGAGGUGCCAGGGAGAGGAGAUGCUGCCAAAGUGACAGGCCUGUUUUGUGCAGAGGCUGCCUAUCUGUGUGACCCCCAGGAUCCUCAGCCAGGCUGAGGCGUUAGCCUGGCAGUGCCUUCUUGUUCUCAUUCCAGAGGACAUAACGAGCUUGCUCUGCUCUGCUUCUCAGGGCUUGAUUUUAGAACAUCCCCCGGAGUAGUAGAAUGUGUCAGUUUUGAUCAUGGAACCUACUAUCUCCUGAGACCAGAGCAGGCCUCUUCUAUUGUGGAUUUUUUUUAUGUUUCCAGGCUGCUUAGGGGGAGUUUUGAUGUCAGUGGUGGUCUCAGCACCUGUGUUGUGUAUUUCGAAUUUAUAAUAGUAUUAAUUGCCUUCUUGGGUUAAUCUGGAUCACAUUGGUUGAAAUACAGUUGCAAACCAUCUGUUGUAAAGGGAUGUAAUAUUUGGUACAGAGCAGAGUCUGGAGCACUGGCUUUGUAUGGCGAUUUGCCUUUCAAAAUGAAGUAGUUUCUAGAACCAUCUGGCAAGUCAGAUCUAAGUAACAUUCUGAUCCUUCACGUUGUGGGCAGUUGUUUGAGGUAUUUUGGAGAGGCUGCAGUAGCCUGUCAGAGUGAUGUGUUCUCAGAUCGCAUGUGUCUUCAGAUCCGUACUGGAUGGAUUCUCCUCUCCACUCCCUAGGUUAUCCAUGUGGAUAGCUUUAGGUGCUGAGCCCAGAUGUCAUGACCUGCUCCUCCCCGCCCCCCCAUGUGACCAAGGUCCUGACUAAAAAGUGUCGGCAGGUAGGGAGCAGAUCUGAGGUUGGUCACAGUGAGGCAUGUCACUAGCGGCUGUGCCCUGGUGUACUUGGGGGGAGGUCAUGUGGGACCAGGGAGACUAGGCUGAUAGUUUGUCCUAAAGCCCUUCUGCAUUCUUAUAGGGCUUAGUGCUCUGUGUCUGUCCAGAGAAUCAGAGCUGCCACAUGCUGGCAGCUUUACCCACUGAGGCAGAGAAGAAACAAGCAUCCCAUGGCGCCUUAUCAGCAGUCUGGUGAAAUUCAGAACUGGAGUCAGCUCUAACCCAGGUGCCUUAUGUAUGGCUCUGUUCAUCUGCUGCUGAGCAAGGCUGCAGGGCCCCCAUUCCUCCUCACCUGCAGACAGACAUCAGUUUGGGCUCCUCACCUGCUUCUUCCUUGUGGCUCCUCUAAUGGGAUUUGUGUUUUCCCUUUGUGCGCUCUCCUCUUUUUGCCAGAUGCUCAGUUCGGAGUUUCCACAAUCUGAUAUAAACUACUACCUAGAAUGUGCUUUCUGGAGCUGCCUAGAGCUCUGUUGAGUAGAGUGUAUCUUGAAGCUGCCCCAAGGCCGGUGUUCAUGAGUGGGCUGUCUACCCACAGUGUUGACUUGUUAGGAAGAGCCCUUGCAGGAUGGAGGAGGUCAGCACCCGGGUGUGAGUGGUGCUGUGUUCCUUCCUAUGAGCGUGCUUUCAUCUUCACUGAGACCAUUUCAAGGCAACCAUGCCUAGCAGCAUGGGAAUUUGCUAUCCUCUGCUGCCAAGGCCCAGAGUUCUUUGUCUGGGUUCCAGUGUCCUGUGUCUAGCUGCUUGGGAAAUCUUGAGAAGCAUUUUUACCACUGGGUGUUGGCUGGGAUGAGUUUGAAAUUCAGGCUUUUGUGCCUAAAUUAAGUGAUACUUUCUCUGAAAGUAACUGAACCAAUCAGAAGUUAAAUCAAGAGGCCAUGUUGUCAGGGUAACUAUUAUAGCAGUUACCGUAUGGGUCGCAUGAUGGGAGGGAAAACACACACUGGCUGCCGAGUGUCAGAGAUGUGCUUCUGGAGGAAGCAUGUCCCAGCAGCCGCAGGCCCACCUCCCCAGCCCCUUUGCCUUGAAAUCUGGAGAGGUCUUCUCCUUUCCUGUGUAGCCUUUGGGCUCCACUGCCCUUCCAGCUUCUCCAAAGAUGAUCCUGGUUUCAUUCUGUGUUUUAACCUGUAAACAUAGGAAAUAAUGACUACAGGGAGUUUGGAGCUGAAGUCAGUUGUCCUGUGUUAGCUUAGAGCUGUUCGAAAAAGUGUUCUUCAGGGAAUGCGCUUCCUAAGAUUCCUUGGGCUUGGACAUCUGAUUUCCAUUGCCUCUGGUCUGACCUGCAGAUGGCCUGGGCUGGCCGUAGACUGGAGCCUUCUUCUGGACUGGAUCUAAGAACACUGUGUAAUGUGUAAGCUGGAUGAGACCUGCCUGAGUUUGUCCCGUCAUCUCAGUGGGCUCCACUUUCUUCCUCCAUAAAGUCACUUUCUUAUGGUGGCCAUUGUCCCUGCACAGUGAGGUUGGGUCUUUGACCAAGCGUUCCUAUGGCGGGGGUGCCAGUGCACCUGGUGUGGGGCCUGUUACACAAAUUCCCUAGCCUGGGCCAUCUGGUGCAGGUCGAUCCACCCUUGUUUUACAAUGGAUCAUGUGAGGUCAUUGAGGUUGUGAAAGUCUGUGUUUCCCUGUAAAUCUAUUUUUCGUAAAUAUAAGAAACAUCAAUGACCUGAUCUUCCACCUUCCCAGGAUUCACAUUCCAGUUUAUGUUGUCUUUGUGUUCAAAGUAAGCUAGGUGACUUUAUUUGUAUAAAAUGUUAUUUUGUCACAAAAGACAAUAAUAAAUGAUUUUCACAAUA